AGCAGAAGAGAGACUGAACAGAAACAUAAGAAAGACUUCAGAACAUCAAGACAUCCGAAAGGCACUCAUCUACAACAUGUUCUGGAUAAUCUGCUGUUUUGUUUUGGUGGCCUCCGCUGUCGGCCAAAAUGACCCCAGAUUAAGGAUUUUGUCUGUCAGUAGUGUUGGGGGAGGAAAUGCAUUAUUCGCCUGGCCCUGGCAAGUAUCUCUCAAGACAUCCAAAGGCGUUCACUUAUGUGGGGGAACUCUGAUCAACAAGAACUGGAUUCUUACUGCUGCUCAUUGCCCUGUUCGAGCUGGAUAUCACCAUGCUGUUCUUGGAGAGUAUGACCGUGGCUCUGAAGACAAAGCCGUUCAGAUCCGGAAAAUUUCCAAGGUCAUCGUUCAUCCUCGCUUCAACAAAGAUACAUUUAACAAUGAUGUUGCACUGUUGAGAUUGUCCUCUCCAGUACAAAUAACAUCCCGUGUUGCUACGGUUCAACUAGCUACCUCCACCACCAGCAUCUCUUCUGGGACUCUUUGUGUCCUCGUUGGGUGGGGCAGAACCGCAACCAGUCUGAGUCCUCGUGUCCUGCAGGAAACCACUUUGCCCAUUGUGAGUACUGCUAACUGCAGGCGGUACUGGGGUCUGACCAGAUCAAUCACAGAUUCCAUGAUUUGUGCCGGUGGUUCUGGAUCUUCGGCUUGCCAGGGGGAUUCUGGUGGUCCUCUGCUAUGUGACAGCAAUGGUGUUUGGUAUCAGGUGGGCAUUGUUUCAUGGGGAGCAAUAGACUGCGGUGUUAAUGCUCCAGGAGUCUACUCUCGUGUGUCUUACCUCCGCCAAUGGAUUGACGAUACUGUCUCAUCCAACUAGAGCUCCUACAACCUGAGUUGAUACUGCAUUAAACUGGCUAACGCACUUUAUAACUUAUGUAUGAACUUGAGCAACUUACUUUGGGAAUAGUGUUUAUUUGAUUAUUUCUUUUCAGAAUUUUAUACACUUUUUUAGGAUAUAGGAUAUCUUGUUAGUAUAUUUAUUAUAGUAAAUUAUUUCCUCAAGUAGUUUAUGAAAUACAUAAUCUGUGUGAUUAAAUUAUUCAUGUUUAUCAUUUGACAAACUUAACAAAAGAAACAUAAAAUUGUCAUGU